UUGACUGCAGAAGCAAGUCUGUCUUCCACCAUUCACCAAUCACAUCCGUCUGCACUGGGGUUUCCCUGUUAUGUAAUUAUAUAGAAAACUGUGAAAGUACCUGUCAACACGUUUACUUUUAUCAUGAUUGUGGCAAAUUCGGACAACAGUGGAUCAUGUAGAUAUAUUUGACAAGAAGAAACCACUUAGAAUAAGAAAAAAACCCUACAUAGAUGUUACUUUUCAGCCACAAUGAAGAUCAAUUCAUUCCUCUGUUGCCUUUUAUAUGCAGGUACACUUACUGAUGGAACCAUAAUCAAUUUAGAGGAAUUCGAGGGGAGAAGUGUCUCCUUCCAGUGCUCACACAGACUCGCAGGGAGCAACAACAAGUAUUUCUGCAAAGAUCCAUGUAUAAGCACAGGAGACAUACUACUUACUCUAGAACCUGGCAGAAGAGCAGAGUCAGGGAGGAUUGCUCUGAUGGACUCUGGGGAUGGAUCCUUCACUGUGACCUUCAGCAAUCUCCAGCUGUCAGACUCACAGAAAUACUGGUGUGCUGUGGAGCGGACUGGUUUUGACACAUAUGUUGAGGUACAGCUAACAGUAAAGAAAGCUGUUAAAAUUGUGACAACGGUCAUACCUGAUGUGUCUUCCACAAGGACAUAUCAGAAUACCAACACAACACAUUUAACAACAGGAAUAGACACCGCAGAGCCCACUAAACUUUCAACAGCCCUAAACUUCACAGCAGAAGAAGGACCUAACAUCAAAACAGGCACCAUCGUGUGUGCUACUGUUGGUGGUGUUGGUCUGAUCGUUAUCCUGCUUCUGGCAGUAUGCUGCAGGAAGUCCAGAAAAACCUCAAAACUUAAACAACAUGAGUACUGCAACAGUGCAAACAAAAUAAAGGUAUGA